AAGCUCCUGUCUGGUCUGAAGCAGUUUAGAGUCUUUGCUGGACUUGACUUUAUUCAGGUUCUAUUUUUGUGGCGCUGAUGAUUUCGUGCUCUUGACUCCAGACAGCUGGAUCCCCGGGCUGGGCCCCUCCAGCGCUUCUCUUCCAGCGGUUUGCACUUUGAUGUGAGCCGCGCAGGAGAGCUCGCGCUCUGCUGUUUCUCUUCCGUGAGCGCGCGCACUUCGCCCCGUUUAUCAGCUCGCGCUGCGCCGUUUACCGCCGCACAGCUGGACUUUAAACAACAACAACAACAACAACAGAGAGCAUCUCUAACCGCUGUUUGAUGAGUUGAGAAUGGAAAGAAAAUAGGAUAAAAAUGCGCAUCGGGAUUCAGAACCCAGCUGCAGAAGUGUUUUGUUUGUUUUGUGCGCAGUUUAGAUAGCGGAGUGUUUCUCUGCGCUGUGGAAUUUUCCGUCCGAUCUGAUAUCCGACCCAGCGGGAGGAUAAACAGUCCGGUCUGAGUCCGCGGGCGGCGACACGGUGCUGAGUUCUGUGACGCUCCUUCACAGCUGGAGUUUGUGAGCUGGGUUUGGAGACGCGCUCAGUGCCAACAGCACCCCGCUCUGCCUGUGAGCCUGUCUGUCUGUCUGCCUGCCUGUCUGUCUGUCUGCGGUUUAGUAGGCUGUCCAAUCUGUCCAGUUGACAAGCCGCUUAUGUAAUGUUGGUCUUUCCGCAGUUUGAACGCCGCACCUACAGCCUGGAGCUCUGAGCUCAGGGGCAUGAAACGAUCCGCUUUUACUUAAUUCCACAUUUUAAUCCGGUUUUAAAGUUUUGAGCGUGAAACUAUUCUCUCUCUCUCUCUGUCUCUCUGUCUGUGCGCGCGGGGCGGGGAGUAAAGGCGCAACUGGUCGCGACAAUUAAAGACUCAGUCGGAUUAUUAUUAUUAUUAUUAUUAUUAUCGACUGAAGAUCAGCUGAAAUGAACUCAGUCACGUUGUGAUUAUUUGUCGCAGCCUUGAGAGAUGGAUUGUUGGCUGAACCUCAGUGACAAUUCAGCCAAGAAUAUAUCUUUCAGAGAUCGUCCCAUGAGAACCUUGCUGCAGUCCACGGGGAGCACCGUAGCCACCGGCUCCUCUUCCAGUGAUACCUCGAAUGGACUGAGCAGCAUUAAUAUUCACAAGGAGCUACCAAUGGGACACAUCGCUCAAGAGUCAGAGCCUAAAGCCUUUGAGAUGCAGCAGAAUCCGAAGGAAGGCUUUAACCUCAAGGAUAAUCUGACCCUUUUGGAUGAGAGCAUUGCCGAUUUAAACCGCACCUCAUGUUCAGAAAACUUGUGCUUUCAAACCCCUGAUACAUUCACAUUCAAAAUCGAGGAGUUUUCCACCUUGGAUAAAGCUGACUAUGACUUUGGCUCCUACAACCAGAUGGAAAAAGAUGAGUCUGGGAAUGAGAGACUGAUAGAAGAGAACACAAUGGAUAUCCUACAGAGUCUGGAGCUACCUAGCGCUAUUUCAGACCUCAAAGAGUUCUGUGUGACAAACAAUGAUGCUUUUUUCCCUUCCCUGGCAGUGGAGGACACGCCGCUUGCGGAUAGCAGCAUGAUGAAGGAUACCAAACCUGUUCUGCCUGGAAAGAAUAUGAAUAGAAGUGAUAAAGCAGAUUCACAGCAGAUUCUGGAACAUAACUUCAGUGUUCCUGUUAUAAAGAUGGAGAAAGAAGAAGAGUUUAUUCAGUUGUGCACACCUGGUGUGAUCAAGCAAGAAAAGGAGCACAGAGGAGGCUACUGUCAGAUGACAACGAUGGUUGGACAUCCUGGAGCAUCCGUCAGUCUGAGCAUGGACAGCCAGGUAUACCACUACGCAGGCAGUACGUCUGUACCAGACCAGAAGCCGGUAUUAGGCUUGUGUGACCCUUUGCCAACUGGCAGUGAUGGGUGGAUUCAAGGAAACAGAUUUGGAAAAGCAUCAGGAAUGCAGAGAACCAACAAGUCUGAGCCAUGUCCUUCCAUCUACACAUACAACAGUUCUGUUCUGAGGCCUGAAGCCGGCAAUUUGAGCUCAUCUGAUCCGAUCCGACCCAAAGCCCCGGCCAGUAAGAUCUGCCUGGUGUGUUCGGAUGAGGCGUCUGGUUGCCACUACGGCGUUCUGACCUGCGGGAGCUGCAAAGUUUUCUUCAAAAGAGCUGUAGAAGGUCAACACAACUAUCUUUGCGCCGGGAGAAACGACUGCAUUAUCGACAAGAUUCGCAGGAAGAACUGUCCGGCCUGCCGCUUUCGCAAAUGCCUCCAAGCGGGCAUGAACCUCGACGCACGCAAAAAUAAAAAGCUGACUCGACUAAAAGUGCAGCAGGCCACGCCCAAGUCCUUGCCCCCCAUGGCCAGCGAGCGUCAGUCUUCUCUCAUGCUCAAGUCUGUGUUUCAUCUCGUCCCCACCAUGCUGUCACUGCUGAAGGCCAUUGAGCCUGAAAUUGUGUACUCUGGCUAUGACAGCACCAUCCCCGACACCUCCACAUACCUGAUGACCACCCUGAACCGACUUGGGGGGCGCCAGGUCAUCUCCGCCGUCAGAUGGGCCAAAGCCCUGCCAGGUUUCCGGAAUCUGCACCUGGAUGAUCAGAUGAUGCUGCUGCAGUGCUCCUGGCUGUUCCUCAUGUCCUUCAGCCUCGGUUGGAGAUCUUACCAGCAGUGUAACGGAGGCAUGCUUUGCUUCGCCCCUGACCUCGUCAUCAACGAGGAGAGGAUGAAGCUGCCCUACAUGAGUGAACAGUGUACCCAGAUGCUGAAGAUCACGAACGAGCUGGUGCGGCUCCAGAUCUCCUACGAUGAGUAUCUGUGUAUGAAAGUGCUGCUGUUGCUCAGUACAGUGCCGAAGGAAGGGAUGAAGAGCCAGGCUGUGUUCGAUGAAGUCCGCUUGUCCUACAUUAAAGAACUGGGCAAAGCCAUCGUCAAACGGGACGAGACCUCCAGCCAGAACUGGCAGAGGUUCUAUCAGCUCACUAAGCUGUUGGACUCCAUGCAGGAGAUGGUGGAGGGACUCCUCAACUUCUGCUUCUUCACAUUUAUGAACAAAUCUCUGAGUGUUGAGUUCCCUGACAUGCUGGCUGAAAUUAUCACCAACCAGCUUCCGAAAAUCAAAGACCAGAGCAUCAAGCCACUUCUCUUUCAUCAAAAAUAACUGUCUUAGAUGAUGAUGAUGCCUUAACGCCACUGGUAGCUGAACAGACCUUCAGACCUGAGUAGACCUUCAGCCAUCAUGGCUUCACUGAUGUGAUUAUUAUUGUUUUGUUGGGAUUUUUUCAGUGUGUGUAAAGAUUGCUUGAGAGGGAGAAUGAAAGAAAGUUAAAGAAUGUCCAUGGCACAGAUGAGGACUGAACACACACACACACACCUUUUUCAACCCUUUAUUCUCAUAAAUCGUCGUUCUAAUAUUUUGAAAUUAUGCUUGCACACUGAUGCAAUGUUUACAGAGGAACAUCAGCAAAGGGAAAAUGUGCCUUUAAAAAAUUCUUCAUGUAAAUGUCUUACACUGCAGAAAAUGAUAUCUUAGCAAGUGAAAAUAUCUUGAAAGUAGUUGAAACGAUUGAGCAUUUCCUAUUAGAAGAAUACAAGACACCAGUUCUGAGAUUAUUAAACCGAGUUCUAGAUUGCAACCAAUUUAUUCUAAGACGUCUUAUCAAGUAAAAAUAUCUGUCCAUGCAGCAAGAUCAUUUCACUCGUAUUAAAUAAUUUUCUCCUCAAAUUCAGUUUUCAACUUUUUGCAGUGUACUGUCUCUGUGCCUUGUAUCUGUGAAAGCCGUUUCUCCUCUUCUGCUAAUCCUCAGGAGCGCUCAGGUUCAGGAUGUAAUCCCUGAAGCCACAACAUGGGGAAACAAACGCCCUUUCCAACCCUUUGAGAAUAUCAGUAGUGUAAAUGCCUCUCACCGCUCUUCUGUGCGUCCCUCAUUAACAUAUUCACAGUUUAUUUGAAAUGAUCGUUCCCUGUGAUUCGAGAUGCAGCCAAAAAUUUAAAAAAUGAAAUGUUCUAGAACUUUGUCAUUGCACGUGUUACAGGACGGCGAAAUACAGUUUGCUUACGGUCGCGGUCGGUCGUUCUAUCAGUUUAGUGCAGCAGCAGAUUAAUGAGUGAUUCAAACUAAAAUGGAUUAAUGGGUCGAACCAGGAAUUCUGUUCCGGAGCCGCAAGUCAGCAAUGUUCCUCACUGCAUCACAAUCAGUCUCCUGAAAGGAUCAGAUGAUUCUACAUUUAAAUGUGGAACAACAACAAAAAAACCUUCAAAUCUGUUUCCUGCUUUUCAGAACCAAAACGCUUCUCUGAUACCCUCGACUCCCCCCCCAUAAAUAAAUAAAUCUAACUGACAUUUUUCAGGCUGAGAAAGUUCUGAUGGCCGUUUGAUUAAAAAACAGAAAGAAACUUUAUCUUGGAAAAAUAUAACAGAUUAAAAAGCUCAUCUUAUCAGCACUGGGCUUUCACAGCACUUUAACCUGGUAUAGUGCGCGCGCUCGUGUGUGUGUGUGUGUGUGUGCGUGUGUAUGUGUGUAUGUAUGGGCGUGUGUGCGUGUGUGUGUGUAUGGGCGUGUAUGUGUGUGUGUGUGUAUGGGCAUGUGUGUGUGUGUGUGCAUGUGUGUAUGUAUGGGCGUGUGUGUGUGUAUGGGCGUGUAUGUGUGUGUGUGUGUAUGGGCGUGUGUGUGUGUGUGUGUGUGUAUGGGCGUGUGUGUGUAUGUGUGUGUGUGUGUAUGUGCGUGUGUGUGUGUGUGUGUAUGGGCAUGUAUGUGUGUGUGUGUGUGUGUGUGUAUGUGCGUGUGUGUGUAUGUGCGUGUGUGUGUGUGUGUGUAUGGGCAUGUAUGUGUGUGUGUGUGUGUGUGUGUGUGUAUGUGCGUGUGUGUGUAUGUGCGUGUGUGUGUGUGUGUGUGUAUGGGCAUGUAUGUGUGUGUGUGUGUGUGUGUGUGUGUGUAUGGGCAUGUAUGUGUGUGUGUGUGUGUGUGUGUGUGUGUAUGCACGCAGCUCUUCUGUAAAUGCUAGUGGCUUUUUCCUGCACGUCCAUUUUCCUGUUUGUUUCAAUUCCACUGUAGAAUGUGUUUAAUUUACUAAUUUUUUAAUAUAUAUAAUUUUUUUAACACUUUAAUCCUUAUCUUGUCCUCUGUGCGCCUUCACAGUGUCAAAACCUACACACUGCUCUUCUGUCUGCUCAAGCCCAAGUCGUCUUGUCUUUCCGUCUGCUCAUGUUUUUAUGUGAGAGCGAUUUUUUUUACCAAAAAAACUGCACCAGCGAAGGUUUAUAGGAAUUCCUGAAGUCCACAAGCCAUUUAACACCAGCCUCGUCAUUUUAGCGUGCACUUUUAUUUAUAGCACUUAAAAAUCCUCUUUUUUUUCUUCCUGUGACCAGAAUAUUGCUAUUUAAAAAGAAACUCUCUUUUCCCCAAACCCAGAGAGCACACAAUAACAAACUCCUUCAUUUAGGUUUAGGACUUUUUCCUUUGUUUUGUUUUUAUUCCCACUCCUGCAGCCUUCAGAAGGAAUUCUGAUCAAUCCCACUGCACUUAUUCCGAUUUGAACCACACUGUUACUUGCUCUAAUUCAGUUUUCCAAAAAUAUAAAUCUCUUUCUCAGUAAUUUAAACCACAGAGACACUGAACUGUUACUGAUGUGGAAGCGUAAAUGCUGUUACAUUCUUGUUUUAAACAGCGUCACCUUUCAUCGUCCCACGAGCUUCGUUCUUGACCCCUGGAGCUGGGCGACAUGACAAAAAUAUCACUUCAUGAGACCUGACAGUGUAAACGAUACACGAUAUUUAUCAUGAUGCACAGUUUAGCAAACAAACUGCUGGCAAAAGAGAAGGAUUAAACUUGUAAAAAUGAGGAACAGAUAAACAGAGUUUUUAAUAAUAAUUUGCUUAAUUUCUACAUUCUAACACUGAAAUUCUUUGAAAAAUGUAGAAUUUUAAAAGUAUGGUGGGUUUUUGUUUUUCCAUCAACUGCUUCCAUUUAGUUUGUAAUUAUUAAAAUAAACCCACAAAGUGAUAACUAUCACGAUACGGACAAAAUCUCAGAAAAGAAUAUCAUGAUGUAAUGAAACACGUUAUUGUACAUCUUCACAGGGCUCGGGGAUUAUUUUCUCACGUCACUUUCCCAACACCCCAAAAUAUGAUUCAUGUCAGUCCUCACUAACGGAAGAUGCUUUCGAUGCGUUUCUGAUCCGACAGCAGUUCCAAAAAAUCUAAUUUGUCUCGUGUUUGAAUUCUGUUCCUGCAGUUUUGUUGCAUAAGAUGUUCUUGUCGUGUUUGUAUUUUGUUUAAAAAAAAAUGCAUUGCACUUUUAUGUAAAACAAAGUGUUAAGGUUGCUUUGUGAUAAUUCUCUAAAUGAGUGGAAAAGACUUCAGAGUGAUCACGGAGUUUUAAAGACAACAGAUUGAGAAUGUAGGGAUUUUUUUGUUGUUGCUGUUUUAAAAAAAAAAAAAAGUGGUUAAAGCAUGGAAGGUGUUAGAUUGAUGAUGCUGAUGAUGAUUAUUAAAGAAAGUGUGUAAAUUA